AUGUACUAUCCACCACCAGGACCACCGCCACCAGGACCCCCUCCUUGGGGGUAUCAACAACCUCCCCCGUGGCAACCCCCACACCAACAUCCGCCUCAGCCCUAUCACCAACCCUAUCAACAACCAUAUCCAUAUCAGCGCCCGUAUCCUCCCAGCCCGGCCCCGGCCCCUUAUCCCCCACAGCCUCCGUAUGGCCAUACACCUUCACCGCGGCCCCAUUCGCACAGUCUCAGCUCGCAUCGUGAAGGCCCGCCACGAAUCCCCUCGCCCAACUUGCCCCCACCCCCACCGCAAGGCGCCCAGCAUUUUGGGGCGGGCGCACCUUCCAACUACCACUUCCAAUAUUCGACAUGUACGGGACGGCGCAAGGCCCUACUGAUUGGAAUCAAUUACACGGGUCAACCCAAUGCACUGCACGGAUGCAUCAACGAUGUAACCAACAUGUCCAGGUUCCUACACGAGCGAUUCGGGUACCGACGUGAGGACAUGGUGAUUCUCACCGAUGACCAGCGCAACCCGAUGAGUGUGCCCACCAAGGCCAACAUCAUGCGAGCAAUGCGAUGGCUGGUCCGCGAUGCGCAGCCCAACGACUCGCUCUUCGUGCACUUCUCCGGCCACGGCGGGCGCACGCCCGACCUGGAUGGCGACGAGGACGACGGCUACGACGACGUGAUCUACCCGGUCGACUACCGCGUGGCCGGCCACAUUGUCGACGACGACAUGCACGCCAUCAUGGUGCGGCCGCUGCGGCCCGGUGUGCGACUGACGGCCAUUUUUGAUUCGUGCCACUCAGGCACUGCGCUGGAUCUGCCGUACAUCUACUCCACCCAAGGCGUGCUCAAGGAGCCCAACCUGGCCAAGGAGGCGGCGCAGGAUUUGUUUAGUGCUAUUAACUCGUACGGCCAAGGCGAUCUGUCCAGUGUCGCCAACACCGCCAUCGGCUUCUUCAAGAAGGCGGCGAAUGGAGGGUCUGCGCGCGAACGCACGAUUAUGACCAAGACGUCACCGGCUGAUGUGGUGAUGUUUUCCGGAUCGAAAGAUACGCAGACUUCCGCCGACACAUUCCAGGACGGACAGGCGCGCGGCGCCUUGAGCUGGGCAUUUAUUAAAUCCCUGAAGCAAUGGCCGCAGCAGAGCUAUUUGCAGCUGCUGAACACGAUCCGGGCCGAGCUGGACGGCAAAUAUACGCAGAAGCCGCAGUUGAGUUGCAGCCAUCCCCUUGAUUACAACCUGCGGUUUGUGAUGUAA